AUGGUGGUAUUUCAGGUGAUUAUGGUGAAGGGUAGUCAGAUUGCUAUGAAAAGGUUAUCAAAUAGGAAGAUAUCAACACAGUCUGCUAACUCUGGACACCUUAGCAGUGACAUAAUGAGAGUGAGAGAAAGGAAGAAGAAGAGCGACUGUAAAAUGUACCAAGGAAGCUGGGUUUUCGACAAUUCGUACCCUCUUUACAACUCUUCAUCUUGUCCCUUCAUUCGAAAGGAGUAUAACUGUCUAAAGUAUGGUCAUCCUGAUCAUUUAUAUCUCAAAUAUAGAUGGCAACCCAAGAGCUGUAACUUGCCAAGAUUUGAUGCUCAAGAUUUCUUAAAGAGAUAUAAGGGGAAGAAAAUCAUGUUUAUUGGUGAUUCUCUUAGUCUCAACCACUAUGAAUCCCUUUUAUGCUUGCUUCAUGCAGCUGUGCCUCAUUCCUCCGUCACCAUGCAAUUUUCCAAAGACUCAUACACUAACGUAACAUUCAAGGCCAGGAAACUAUUAAAUGACAUAUUUAACAACCAAAGACUCAAAAAGUGGACCAUUAAAUAA